AUGAAUAUUUAUAAUCAAAAUGAACUUUCUACAACAUCAGAAUCCGAUAGUGAAUAUUUAGUUGAUUCAAGAUAUUGUCGUACAACAGUUAAAUGUAAACGAAAAGCAUUAAAAAAAACAAUUAAAUUAAUUCAUGGACGUUGUAUAGUUAUAUAUCGAGGUAGUGGAGAUCUUUUAUCUAUUGCAGCAAAAGAUGCUGAUCGAAAUUGUUAUUGUGAUUUUGUAUUUGUUUGUUAUGAUCCAAAACCAACUAAAUCAACUAUGCCACGAUCUCGAUCAGCUAUACAUGAUUCAUCAACUUCCAAUGAUGAUGAUAAUAUAAAUAAUAAUAAUCAUAGUAUUUUUCAAAACCGAUUUAUACCAUCAAAUAUGAAUCAGCAAUUAACAAAACAAAAUUCAUUUUCAUUUAAAACAAAACUAAACAAUGAAAAUACCAAUGAAUCGAUUUCAACUGAAACGAAAUCAUCGAUAAAGAACAGUUAUGACACAAAACAUAUUCAUAACAAUAGAAAUAAGAAUUUGAAUGAACGUAUGCUACAUGAUGAAAUUAAUGUUGAUAUAGAAAAAUUAAUUGAUACUGAUGAACCAUCACCUUCAAUUAUUUAUUUUCCGUCAUCACAUUUGAAAUCUAUAUGA